AUUCAGUUUCAUUUGGGUGUGUAUAAAUGUUGGGAAAUGAAGAUGACGGCAGAUUUUAAACUACUAUUAAAAGAUGAUAAACAAAAUAUUGAUUAAGAAAGUAAUAAAUAAGAUUAUUAUUAAGAAGAGACGGGACAUGUGAUUUAGCCACCAGCUAACCCAAUUAUUGGAGAGAUGCUCCCACGUGCGCUAAAACACUUUGUACAGUUGUACCACUCCUUCUUAACUACUAUUUUAUUUAUUUAUACGUAUGUGCCCCAUGCUUCUCUUUUCUUAUACUAAUCUUCAUUCUUCACUACACACGUUGGCUCUUGCUCACUCUCCCACUUUCCAGGGGAGUCCGGCUACCACAGUUGCCCGAUCAACUCCCAUUCUCGACUGAAAGGAAUAAGAUCCGACGGAGCUGGAUGCGUGUGGUGGUUCCACGAAGAAUGUGGGCCGUUCAUUGGGAAGUGAUGUUGGUGGGAUUAAUGGUGUUGGUGCAAGUAGAGCGGUGUAUGCAGCUGAGGGCUACACACCCAAUGCAUGGGGUUGUGGACAGCAUCAAUGAGAAUGGAGGACCUUAUAUUGGACUCGUCAUGGCUUAUCCUACUGAAGAACUUGCACUUCAAUCCUCUGCUUUCUUCGUUCCCAGCUCUCAGAUCCCCGGGUUGACCUUGCUGAAGGUUCAACAUUGGGACAAUGGGACGAUCGAUGGUGUAGAUGUUAUUUAUGUGAUGACUGGAGAGCAAACGCUAAAUGCAGGUAUAACUGUGCAAAUCCUUCUUGACACGUUUGAAAUUAAAGCAAUUGUUCACUAUGGGACUUCCGGAAGUGCUAAUGAUUCAUUAAACCUUGGUGAUGUUAGUAUCCCAAAUUAUGUUGCUUUCACAGGAUCAUGGAAAUGGAAGGAGUUCAAGUCAGCAGAAGGGAUCUUGACAGAACUGAAGUUUGGGGCUUUCAAUCUACCUGAGAAGGGAGAGAAUUUGUUGGCAACGAUAGAGUUUACACCACAGCAGUUAUACUCAGUAGAAAAACCAAUGGAAGAGAUUUUUUGGCUUCCAAUAGAACCGAAGUUGUUCAACAUUUCUACUAAGCUUCAGGAUAUACAGCUACAACAAUGUGUCAAUGAGACAUAUUGUCUACCUGAAGCACCAAAAGUUGUAUAUGGAUUGAGAGGUUCCACUGCUGAUAUAUACCUUGACAAUGCAGCUUAUAGAGAAUUUCUGUUCAAAGAAUUUAACGUCUCAACUGUUGAUGAAGAAAGUGCUGCUAUUGUAAUGACAUCCCUAUCAAAUGGAGUGCCUUGUAUUGUAUUUCGUGGUGUGUCGGAUCUGGCAGGCGGAGACGAGAAAUUGUCAUCGACGAGCCUGAGUUCUUUGGCGGCUGUGAAUGCUCUCAGUGUCGCAGUUGACUUUAUUGGAUUAUUUGGUGAGGAAGCUGUGAUCAAUGACCAGUGAAAGUGGGCACCCUGUUUUGAGGGUAGAUGAAGACAUUAGAUGUGUAAACAAAUUGUUUUUCUGUUAGAGAGAAUGUCCAAAAUAAGGAUUCCACUUA